AUGGCUCACGCACUCAUCGCGCGACGCCAGCUCGCCUCCGCUGCCACCAGCAGAGCUAGCAUCCUCGGCCUGGUCCAACAGCGAAGCUACGCGACACCUCAUGGACCACCUCCCGCCAACUUCCGAACGAGCAAGCCUGUGCAGUGGACCUGGGACAGGGACAGCACCCUCGAUCGCAUGGGAAAGUUUUUCCUCAUGACUGAGAUGGCGAGGGGAAUGUAUGUUCUGCUUGAGCAGUUCUUCCGACCACCUUAUACAAUUUACUACCCCUUCGAGAAGGGCCCUAUUUCUCCUCGAUUCCGUGGCGAGCAUGCCCUUCGACGAUACCCCUCCGGUGAAGAGCGAUGCAUUGCCUGCAAGCUUUGCGAGGCUAUUUGUCCCGCCCAGGCCAUUACCAUCGAGGCUGAGGAGCGAGCUGACGGAUCCCGCCGAACAACCAAGUACGAUAUUGACAUGACCAAGUGCAUUUACUGCGGUUUCUGCCAGGAGUCCUGCCCCGUCGACGCUAUCGUUGAGUCGCCCAACGCAGAGUACGCCACCGAGACCCGAGAGGAGCUUCUGUACAACAAGGAGAAGCUUCUCUCCAACGGAGACAAGUGGGAGCCUGAGCUUGCAGCUGCUAUCCGCGCCGACUCACCAUACCGAUAA